AUGUACACUAUUACGGACGGCAUGCCGGAGCAAGGUGGUGUGGUGGGUGGCGAAAUGGGCCAGGUGGACGAUGUCCAGCCGGCCAACGCCCUUGAUUCGUCGCGCGAAGAAUUCUUUAGCUUUGGGGGCGCAAUGACUACCAGCGCCUUCUUGGACUGUAUCGUGCGCGCGGCGAACACCGGCAAUGUCGAGCUCAGCGCCGACUCUCUUCCGACCGACGUCCUGAACCACAUCGAGCGCGGCGGGGACAACGCGGCUUUCAACCCCAAUUACGCCGCCAACGAAGGACCUCCUUCAACGUUCGAUGCAGCCGGCCCACCCCAGGCUUCCCAUACGCAUUGGACAAUUUCGACACCGGCCCUGACGUCGGCUACAUCGAGUCCGGCAUCGUCGCUGAACGCACUGUCUCCCAAUUUGCCACCUGCUACCGGAAAUGUCAGCGCUCAGUUCAACGGGUGGGGGACGACUAGCUGGUAUGGCAACAUGUGGCCGAUGUCCCAACGCUCCGCUGGGGAGUCGAGCAAGACGUCGAGGUCUGUGAUGGUAGAUCGCACACAAGAUGCGCCUCGCGCGCACGCCAAUGGGCGCUACGAGCCCUAUCGCAAGCCUCAGGCUGUCGCCAUCGGCGCAGACCUGAGCGAGCACAACAAUAUAUCAGCCAACGUCGCCUCCGCGGGAGGGGCCCAGUUGGCUAACGCAGGCGGAAUCAUGUCGGCGCGCCACAGUGCAGCACAGAUGGGGAUCGUCCCUGCAGUAUCCCCGUCGCACGCGCAUGGGAGCGCCGUGACGACGCAAGAGCAGCAGGCAGGCGCGAAGGAUCCGUGGUCGAACCCGCCGCUUGAAGCUCUCAUGGCUCCGAUCACUCUCGACUCGCUGAAUGCCAUCCGCUCCGGUCGCGAUACCGACAAACUGGAGUGCAGCUUCAUCCAUAAGGCCGAGGGGAGUGACGUCUUCGCGCCGUGCGGGGCGAGGUUCCUGUGCAAGGCGGUACGCGACCGCCAUGUGCAGAGCAUCCACCUGAAGACUGUGGGCGGCGUGUGCGUGCUGUGCAACGGCCCCAGAGUCUACUCGCGCGACGACUCGCGUCUGCGCCACAUGACGGGUGCCGCUUGUCCGGUGACGAAGGGAUGGUUCGAGAGAUUUGGCUGGGAGUAUGUGAUGUCGCAGUUGCAGAUGAUGAGGUAUGCUCCUAAGGAGGCGAAUGUCAGGGAGACCGCGGCCAAGCUCAGAGCCAGGAAGAUUAAGGGCAAAUCGACUUAG